AUGUCGGGCUCCGCCGCCAGCGCCCUGCGGCAUGUUGCCAGCAAGCCUGAGGGCAUCGGCUGGGCAUCCCAACAUGCGGUGCUGGCUGGGCCUGCCGGAAAGUCCCUGCGUCGUGGGAAGAAGGCGGAGAGGGAGUUCAGCCAUGAGCUGCCUGCAGGAGCGAUCGCCUCCUCCUCAGGGCCACUGCAGGAAACUUUGUACCUCACCCUCAAGGAGGAAGCUGCCAUCACUGAUUCUGCCAACAUUGCGCAGAGCUACCACGGCCACAUCCGCGAGAACGCGCGCUGCUGCUGGGUGUCCUUUCCGGGCAAAUAUGCUGCAGGUUGGGGAGCCUUGGUGAAGGAGCACCACCAAGACUCCGUGGCCUGCGUCUUUCUUUGCACUCCCGAGGAUGGUCUCGGCCAACACUCCGAGGAUCCGGAGAACCCAGGCAGAUGCUUUUGCCAGAGGAUUUACGGAGUGCGCGACUUCCGACAGUUCGGAUAUCUCAUGGUCCUGCAGCCGCCCUACACGCCUGAGCGGGUUCGCAGGCACGAAGAGAUGGCGGCUGCGAUGAAUGCGGUGGUCCUGCGAGCAGAUGCAAGCCUGUCCGAGAAGGAAGAAGCCUUCAAGCAGGCGGAAGCUCAAUGGCAGGAGUGCGGCCGCGUGGCCUCCUGGGGAUGUGCCUGGUAUCCGACUUGGCUCGCUCGAGUCCGUGAGGCUGUGGCCAAGGGGCAGCGGCUCAAAGCGGUUUUCUUUCCAGGCCAAGUGGGGCAGGGCAAGCUGUCCAUGGAAUCGCUCUCCCGCGACACAACCGAUCUUUGGGACAAUGUCGGAUGUGGCGGUUCGCAGAAGUGCGAACUCGCAACCCUCGACAGGCUGCAGAAACUGGAAGGCAGCAAAUGGGACUACGAUGAAGUCGAUGUCUCUGACUUCCUGGGAUCUGAAUUCACUGCCGGCUGUCCCGUCUAUGCCAAGACGGAAGGCAAGGGAAGAGACGAAUGGCGCAGAGGUGUGUUAGUGAUGCAGAAGAUGCGUGAUCCCAGAGAUGACAGAAUCUCCUGGAAGGUGCGAUGUGAGAAGACGCAGGAGACCUUCGAAGCAAGCGAUCUUCGCCACGCGAGCGUGUCCAUCGAGCAGAUGCAGGAAGCCUGCGGUCAUGAUGUCCUGCUGGAGUUGUUGAGUACAUGCCUAUCGGGCACACAGAUCACAGCUCAUGAAGCAGCAAGGCUGCCCACAGGUGCCCAAGCGCUCCGCGCCACGCUACGGAUCUCAAGCAUAAUGGAGCUGCACUCAUUGAGGGACAGCGUGCUGAACGGAGACUUCGAGCGGCGCUUCAACGCGAAGCUGGCCAGCAAAGCACCAACGUGCAAGGUGGAAGUAGACAAAAAGCGCUUCUUCGAACUCUACGAGGAUAGCCUGUUUGCGUUGGAGUCUUUGACGUCUCAUCAGCUGCACAAGCUGGGCGAGAUGCAAGGAGCGACCCAGGACAUUCAUCUGAGUGCCCCGGCUGGAGCCGGAAAGACCUUCGUAGCAGUGCAGCAUGUCAUGGACACUCUGCGCGAAAACCCUUCCGGAACAGUUCUGUUCGUGGCGCCAUCUGAAGCUUUAGGCCUUCACUUUUUGCGUUGGCUGGCGACCCGGGUCGCAGCACAAAGCCCCAAAGGUGAUGCAGCUCUCGGCGCCAAGAUCCGUCACGUCCUUUCUCGCCUGAGGCUUUUGCAUGAGCCGUACAAGCACAUGUUGGCACCAUCGCUGGAUGGGGACCGCAUCGUCCGCCGGCAGGAGAGCAUCGGUCCACAAGACUUUCAGCUUGCGGUCUGCGACGAGUGCCAUCGGUACCUGCACAAGGACUCCGACGUUGGCGAGAUGAUUGAGGGCAAAAUAGCGGCACGUCGGCGGCUUUUGCUGUCCGACGACUCUCAGUCCUCAGCCAUCAGCCAGAGCUACCCGGAGAUGCAGAGGGUCAAACUGACGGAGGUGGUCCGGAGCACCAAACGCAUCGUCGCCGGAGCGGCCUCCUUCCAGCUGCACACGGACACCGAGGAGACAGUGACGUCCUUGGGGACGGACGGCCCGCCUCUGAAAACAUUCCUGUUUCAACUCGCAGAGCACAGCAAGAAGUUCGAGGAGUAUGCCCGGGAGAUCGCGAAGGCCGUGACGUACGUCGAACAGGUCCUUCCGGGUGUGUCGCUACACCGCCGAGUAGCAAUCCUGACACCCAGCGUGGACUUUCUCGAUCAACUCCGCCCGAUCCUGCAGAAGAGUCUAAACCAGCAGUUGUUGCAUCACUCCUUCCGCAUGGAGUCUUUCUCAGACUCACUUUCGUGUCUCCCGGAGAGGGUACUGGGAUUGCGCCCACAGGCGCCGAAGACGCACGAAUACCUCAUCCUGGAUGCAAUGGAGCAGGCAGACGGUCUGGAACAGAUGGUCGUGAUCUGCGCAGGGCUCGACUCUGCCAUCCGGAGCUCAACGGAGGACUUGCAAACUCGGGCACAGCUCUACCGCGGCAUUACUCGAGCGCAGCUUCUGGCAGUUGUAGUGAACGAGCAUGUGCGCGGUGGCUGGCUUGAGUUCCUCGGCGGGGUGAAGUAUCAGGAUGCGGAGCUGUCGGCUCGGGAGGCCGACUCCUCAAGCGUGGCGGAAGCCGCGAAGAAGAGGCACCAGGCCGCCCUGGCCCGGGCCAAGGCGGAGGGGAGUCGCAGCCGACAGGAUGAAGCAGAAGCACGGCAGAUGGAGAGCCAUCCCGAUGCAGUCCACGACGCAGCCCAGGAUGCCUCUGCAUCGCCCCCGGGAACAGCGGAAGCCUCCAGGCCCAAACCCAAGGCUGCAGCGGUGAAGACCUCGAGCGUCUGGAACACGGAGAGCAACAGCAUUCCGGCGCCCACGGAGCUUCUCUUCGACCCGUUGGCAGAGGUUUCCCGGGAGGAAGUGUAUGCCACCUUCGACAAGGAGCACGGCGGGCGCCAUGACUGGAAAUUCGACGGCGAUGACGCGAAAUGUGUUAGCUACGGAGCCAGACUGCUCGUGAGUGCCGAGACGGCGUCCACGGGGAUCCUGCGCUGGUGCAUCAAGGGCCUCAACAGUGCUUUGGAGGUGGGCGUCAUCCCUGCGCGGGAAGCGGAGGAUGACCGCUUCCUGCACGAGAACCCGGGCUACGGCAUCAAGUCGAAACAGACGCGCGGCGGUGAUCACCCAGCUUUUGACAUCUACGGAAAGUACAUCGAGGUGAUCGCGGACCUGGACGCUCGAGUGGCCAAGGUCAUGGUCGGAGAGACCCGAGAGCAGAUGCUCGAGGUGACUUCCUUCGACAUGCCUUUCCAAGGCGAUGCGAAGCUGGCCGCAUGCCAGCAAUUCAUGAGACGGUGGUUGAAGUUCUUGGAGCUAUUCCUUCUCGGUGAAGUGGUUGCCACCCAUUUCAUGCAAGGAGCUCAGCUUGUUGUCACAUCCGUUCUGCUUGGUUCACAUGUUCAGAUCGGAAGGGCACACGUCGAGCCUUGGGCUGAUGGCCAAGACACCAUUUUCAUCGGAUAA